GACGGAUAAUCAGAGAGACGUGGUCAAAAUGCCAUCAAAAUGGCAGAGACUGCAUGUCUCGCGCUCCGAUACUGUUCCCACGCUGUUGUAUAAAUAUUCCUUUACAAGCGACGAUUAUGCAUUGUAUAUCACCGAUCUCACAUACAUGUGGUCUGAACAUCUGGAUUAUAAAUCCAUAUUGCGACGGGCUGAUGAUGACAAUACCACCAUCGACCCCAGCGAAGAUCGGGAGCAGUUCAACGUACUCUUGCAGAAAGUAGGGGAGGCGCUGCAGCAUGACUCGGGGCAAAAUAGCGCUGUACUAGGCCGUGGUUCAGAAGACACGCAUCUACACCUUAGCACAACCACCAAGCUUCCAGCUCCUCUCAAGCCUCUACGAUGGAACUUUUACUUAACCCGGGCGGCUCUUUCUGCCACCACUGAGCAUCUGCUUAUACCACUGAUGAAAGCAGAAGCCGUCUGGCAGUCGCGCGAACGGCUCCUGAUCGACCAGCUAAAGAAGAAAGACUGGGUCUUGGGGAAGCUAUUCGACAAGCUCGAGACUCUGGGUAUCGAUAUAGGUACAAUCUUUCCUGGUGUAUCCGCUCAUCGCUCGGGGCAGAAGGAAACAGUACUGUCACAUACUGCCAAGUACAUCAAAGGCGUUGAACCGUUCGACCAGGACUCUUGGGCUUCCGAAACCAACGCACACUUUCCCGAGCUUGGCUCGGCAGCCAGUCUUGCCACAGAAGCUGCUGGUGCCCGGGUUAGUGAUGCUGAUAAACCUCAGAGUCUCAGUGUGCCACCAAGCGGAUGGUGGGAACAACUCUCCGCUGCGGUUGUGGACUCCGUGGAAUCGUCCGACAUCGAGCCACGGAAGCAACCCGUUGACAGGCGCCAAUUCAAUGAUAGCCUUGAGACAGACACCGACAGCGGAAUGGAGGAUGACGACGAUGAUGAUGAAUUUGAGCGACAAGAGACACCUCCGCAUCUGAAGCGAACAACAGCCCAGGCGUCGCCGUCAAGCCGAAGCCCAGAGCGAGAUACAGCCCAACGCGAGACACGAUCACCCUCGCCAGGACGUCCUUCGGCGCAAAAGCCCUCAACAAGGAAUGGUCUUGGCAUAAUCGGAGGCAGACCCAAACCACAACCCAAAGGAAAGACACCGUCGCCGCCUCCUGCUCCAGCAGUUGACUUCCACAGAAACAAACCUAACCUAUCAGCAACACCUCCCCCCAAAGCAACAGAUUACGACGCAACCGCCUCCGAAACAGACGGAGACGAUGACCUUUCCCCACCCCCACCACCAAGACCGAAAGCACUAGCAUCAUCCAAACGUGGCUUUGGGGUCAUCGGCGGCAAGAAGAAAGAUCAAGACCAACCUCCACCAACAUCGUCUACUCAGCAAUUCUCUCGGCCACCAUCAGACCAGUCGUCCAAAUCACUAGACACCCAGCCGCUGCCCAAACGGACCGGCCAAUUGGGGGUUAUUGGAGGCAUCAAACGCUCCACCAAGCCUCCUGUGAAAUCUCAAUCAUCACCAGAUGCCGCGCCUGACGCUAAAUCCGGCAAGUAUGAUGAUUUAUCGGGAGGAGACACUGCGCAACUAGAACCUUCGCGGCCAAUUCGUUCUGGAUCUCACGAGCAAAAGCCAGUGUUGGCCCCAUCCACGGAACAAACGAAAGAGAGUGAAGAGCAAAGGGCCGACAGGAAGCGAGAUGAAUUGAAACGACAGCUUGAGGCGAAGGCUAAAGCUCCUGCCAAGAAGAAACGAAAAUUCUAGUCUGGG